UCUAUAGAACUAAACCACACGUCAGUUUGAAUUUACAACCCAGACAGUGAGAGACAAAGAAAACAGAAAUCCAUGUACCCGUAAGAUAAGCAACUCAACUUUUCAAGCAAGGAGAAAAAGCAAGAGGGAGAACCGCUACUUCACAACAGAAAAAAAGACUUGCGUUGUUUUUAUAUAUAUAUUUAUAACAAAAGUUAUUGGAAGAUGGUUUCUGCAGUUUUGGAAGUGUUUGGCUUGGGACUGUGUGUCAUUGGCUGGCUGCUGGUGAUGCUGGCCUGCGGGCUACCCAUGUGGAAAGUGACUGCCUUUAUUGACGGCAAUAUUGUGCUGGCCCAGACGGUCUGGGACGGUCUGUGGAUGACCUGCGUGGUCCAGAGCACGGGGCAGAUGCAGUGCAAGACGCACGAUUCGAUGCUGUCCCUGACCCGGGACCUGCAGGCAGCCCGCGCCCUCACCAUCAUCUCCUCAGUGCUCGGAGUCUUCGGGCUGCUGGUGACGAUCGCCGGGGCGCAGUGCACCAACUGCAUCCAAGGCGAAGGGUCCAAGGUGAGAAUCGUGAACGCGGGAGGAGUGACCUACAUCGUCAGCGGCUUUUUACUAUUGAUACCUCUCUGCUGGAUGGCCCACAGAAUCAUCGUGGAUUUCUACGACCCUCAAGUCCCCUCUCCGAUGAAGCGAGAGAUGGGAGCCGCUCUGUACAUCGGCUGGGCGGCGACAGCGCUUCUGUUCGUCGGAGGAGGGAUGCUUUGUUGCUCUUGUCCCCAAAGAGGGGCCAGUUCUUAUGCGGUCAAAUACGCGCCGCCAAUCAGAGCGGCUCAGAACGGGGAGUAUGAUAAAAAAAAUUACGUUUAAUUAUUUUUUAAUUUUUUUGAAUCCCCGUGUCGUCUCAACCACAUACUGGACUUGAAGAAUCAUCCAACUUUCUCUACCUGUUCUCAAGAUAGAAUACAUUUCACGAAGUUAAGAUUUGUACAACGGAAAAAAAAACAACAAAAAAAAAACCGAUUUCACUUUUUAAAAGCAACAAUACAAAAACAAAACAACUGAACUUAAAAUGUAGACUUUCAGAAGAAUAAGAAGAAAAAAUAAAAAGAAAAAAAAAACACACUUUGAUAUAUGUUUUUAUCGGCGUAUAAUAAACCAAGGACUUGGAGACAUUUUGUUGACAUGUAAAAGAAACGCUUUUAAUAAACCAUCGACUGUUUGUUUGUUUAUAAGGUACCAGCAUUUACCACCCGUUUAUUCACGCAAUUAAGAUUGCGGGGUUUCAGUUAUGAAUUAAUGUAUAUAGCCAUAGCUAUUUAGUUUGGUCUCUUUUCCAUAAUUAUACAGCUGUAUUUGUACUGGAUAUAUUGUAUUGUUAUAUUCAGUUGUGUGUAUUCCCGAAUGCACUUAAACUCAUGUAAUUUACGCAGUAAUACUGCUGUGUUUUGAAUAGGAACUUUGAAAGCAGAACUCUGUCCAUUUGCAGUAUUAAUUGAUUGUGCUACAUCUAAAAUCGACUGUGCGUAAUAACCGCACUAUAGCACAGUCCACCCUAAUAUUACUGCAUGUUAAAUACGGCAAUAUCCGCAUCAGUCCCACCAUGUACAUAGCUCGCUAUAAAAGAGAAGACCGGCGCAGUGUUUGAAGGGUUCACUGUAAAAUCACAGCACAUUUCUCCUUGUGAUAAACCCACAAACCGCCUUUCGAGACGAUCUCACUUUAAACUCUCAUGUAUGAGCCCCUACGUGACUGUUGUAAUAAAUAACGGGCUUGUGAGAGGACAUUCUAAGAGGCGCGCAACGUGGUGAAUUCUCCUCAUUGACGUGUUCCGAUGUAACCACUAAGAUUCAGCAGCCCUGCUUUAGUUUGAACGCUGAUCAGACAGACAGCCCCCCCCCCGCUGCCCGUGGUAGAUGGCAGAACCGACAGGUGCUUCACAGGAUGUGCGAACCUUUACUGUACACGGCGUCCUCCGAGUUCUGCACAGUAAACGCUGCGCAUUCCUUUUUGUGUCCUGGACUGUAAGCAUUUCUUUUUGUAUUUAAAAUGUAUUGCUUGACGCAUUCAGAGCUGUCUGAGUUGUUGUUUAGAGAAAUAAACUGUGAUGCUGAAAUUGAA